UUUGGUGAGGAAUGGUUAGACCUUAAAGCAAAGGUGCUAGCAAAGAUAAAUAUCAAGCUGAAGAUGCUUGAAGAUGUAAUCAAAAGUGACAUCGAAAAAAUAGAAAAACUUUGCGGUGAAUAUAAAUACUGGGAAGCAAGGGAUUUCAUGUAUGAAAAAUUAAAGGGACGCCCAGAUCGAACUGAAACUUUACAACGUCAAUAUAGAAAUGUUUCUGUUGCGGGUCCAAUAAUUGAUAUAAUAUUUUCUGACAUUCAACACCUUGUUCAGCUUAAAUGUUGGAAGAAAAAUCGAUUUACAAAUUCUACCAAGAUUAUCAAUGACCGUAGUAAAUGUUUGAGAACUAACAAAUCUGUUCUUGAUCAAUAUCUCUCACAUGAUCUAUCCGAUGAAAUAAUCGAAAAUUCUGCAGUCAUCGGGUUGCAAUUAGCAGCUUUACAUGGUCAAAUAAUUGGUAUCGACUUAUUAGAUGAGGGAUUGUAUUUCAGGUUUGAAGGACCAAUAUUAAGGUUUCCUACUCAAAUUAAUGAUACUACUGUUCUGAAGCAAACUUUAGAACUAUUCUAUUUUUUUAAGGAAAACAUUGUUCGCAAGGCUGAAGCACUAUCAUGUCUUAAUAAGGAUUCAGGUCCAUUUAGCAAUACUUUUCACACUGAGAGAAUUUUGAAGCCUAACCAUCAUAAAGCGGAUUUAAUUAGAUCAACUUAUUUCACUUCAACAAAACAACAAAAGAAAUGA